AUGCGUCUCACUCCCUUCUCUGCCCUUUCCAUUCUCGCUCUCUGUCUGAUCCAGAUCGAAGCUGGAAAAGUUAACAUUGUCCGUAUCGACCCCAAGAAGGACUUAGUCUGCCUUAUCCUUCCGCCUCCCGGCAUGAUCAUUGGCGACACCGAGCAAGACGGCCAUGUCCAGUGCACUGAUGGCAACCCCCAGUUGUUGCCCUCCAAUUUCUUUAUCUGGAAGAAAUUCCAGAGCAACGGCAACUACGUCCAAGCUUGGGGUAUGAUGAACGACAAAAGCGUGGGUCUUCGCUCAGACGACGGCGGCGGACAGUACGACACCCACCGUGACUCUGGCGUCAACGAGGCCCCAGGCUAUGCUGUCUUUGUCGAACUCCUCGAGCCUGAUAGUAGACGCUGGUGCAUCCGCUUCUGCCCUAAAGGAAAAGAGCAUUAUUGCAACAUGGGAAAGAGCACCUAUGGAUGCGAAGGUGCUUUGGGCAUCACCGACUGGAGUUCUUAA